CUCAAUCAAAUUAUCAACGUACUGUUCUUACAUCAGGUAGAUUGCUAACAGGCUCCCAGCGUAUUGUAAUAGCUCCUGCCAAUCAAGUCACUUUAGUAAAUAAAAAAUAUCCAGGGACAAAGUCAAAGUCUAUUGAGCAUUAUAGAGAUAAUCUGAAACCUACAACUGUAACAGUAACAGAAAAUUCUCGCUUGGUUAUCCCUAAAAUUAAAAGCUCGGCUUUGCAGUUUGGUGACAAUAAAGAACCUGUGAGGAUAGUUCUACCACCGCAAAAAAGUAAAGGUGAAUUGACAUAACUCAUUUCCCAUUUGUAAGAGAAACCUUUAAUUAUAGCAGACUAUGUACCACUUUUCAGAUAUUUAUUCUUGAUCCAUUUCUUUAUUCCUGUUUUCUUUGUUUUGUAAAAUGCCACAUCAAUUACGAGUUUCCUAAAUUAGAAGUGGAAAGGCUUUAUUAAGAACAAGACUUAAGGCAGAAUGCUAUCUGUCUGCAUAUAUGUAUUUAUCAUCUAUGUAUUCAUAAGUAUAACUUUUCUCAACUUGAGAAACUUUAUAAGUUAUCUUGCCAUAAGAACCUUGUUUUCAACAAUAUAUUCAUUUUAAUUUAGUUCAAAUUUUUAAAAAAAAUUCCUUUACAACAUUAGCAUUUUUACCCCCCAAAAAUAUUUUUUUUUUAAAAUUCAGGUCAGUUCAGAACUAAAAUGUCUGACUCAGAAAGUCCAGGGCAAUCCAACAGCCAUUUAUUCAAAUCAGCAGUAGCAGUCAGUACAGACUUGCAACAAUCUAAACAACAUAUCAAGACCUCACAGGAUAAAACACAUAAUAAGACUGUUGUAGAAAAUGAAAAACUUCCAUCUAAUUCCAAAGUUAACCUGUCCAAGCCUGAAAAAUUGCAAACUUCAAAAUCAUCUCAGAAGUAUCUGGAUUAUCUUGAGGAGAUGGAACUUAGGAUUAGGUACAUGAAGAAUGAUAUAGAAUUCAAGCAGAACCAGAUGCAGUUUAGAAAGACAGAUAAGACUUUGCAAGAAAAAAAACCUAAACAUUCCGAAUUCCAUGUGAAGGAACAAAAGCAGAUUUUAAAAACUGAUCACGAUGCGCCAGUCGCUGUUUCAUCAUUUAAAUUAAGCAGAUUUAGGGAAUCAGAUAUCAUCACAUCAAGGUUUUCCACAGUUACCGGUACUAAGAAUCUUCAGUCAACUAAGUGGACAAAACCGACAUCAGAUAAUCUUAAAACCCAAGUGAUUUCACAGCAGUUUGCAACAGUACCUUUACCUGGUAAUAGUAUGUCUGCUUCCGGUGUCACCUCACAUCAUUCAAGCUUAUCCUCUUACAAAGUGUCUCAUGUAAAUACUAUUCAAAGUUCUAACACUCAGGCAGGCUCAUCAGCAGCUUCCCAACUCCCCAAACCUAUGUAUCUGUCCCCCAACAAAAGAAGUGCUAUUUUUAUACACAAUCCAGUUUCAGGUCUUUCGGUGUCCUCACACGACAGUGUACGGCAAGCAUUGUUUUCUUCACUCUCACAAGAUGACAAAAACCAGUUGAUCAGUUAUGACAGUGCAGCUCACACAAGUGGUGUGCUACUCUCACAAUCUCAGGAACUUUCAACCCACCAGGCUACCUCAUUGGAUAAUAAAUUCAAACUUGUAUAUACUCAGCCAUCAAAAGGCCCAGACCAGUUAAGCACCCCUUUAAAAAUAAGUGCACCCAACAACACCUCCACCCCUAAUCCAUCAUCGACUUUGGUACAGCGAUAUCAUUCUAAGAAAACCCCAACACUGAACACACAGAGUGCAGCUAAAUUAGUCAGCAAAUAUAAAUUGAAAAGAUUGUCUCCCAC